AUGCGUGGGGAAAGUGAUGAAUACGGUAUUUCCUGGCGUCGCGAUGAAUACGAAAAAUCGCAAAACUCAACGCUCCGUCGUUUUUUAGGACCCUCAUCUUUUUCAUCUUCAUCAACCCCUUCAACUUAUCAUUUUCAUGAUGGAAAUCAUUUUGAAAAGAAGAAGAACAAGAAAGAUAAAGAUGAAGAAAAAAUGGAGCAAAAAAAAGAAAAAAGAAGAGCUGGAGGAGGAGAAAAAGAGAAAGAAGAAGCAAAACAACACAACAACCACGCCCACGUUGUCUCAUACAACUAUUCAGCUUUUCCUUUAGCUUCUGGUACUUCUGGUCGAGGUUAUCCGGAAAAUCAACGAUUUUUGACUGAAAUUCGCAAUUUUGAAGAUUCCAGAAAACGACAGAAGAGAAAAAUGGGAAGGUGUGCAGAUACGCUGAGGUCGCUCGUGUUUUUCUUCAAUUUUUUGUUCUGGGUGAGUUUUUUUUUGGUUUCAAAAACCCUAUUCGAGAAGCUUGAAGAUUCUAGAAUUUUUGGAUCAUUUAAAAAUAUUAUUAUUGAAACCUAUGAAAUUUUAAAAGAUUUUCCUGGAAAAAAACUAUUUCGAAUUUCGAAAAUCUGAAUUUUCAUUUGAACUUUGUUCCCGUUUCCUUAAAAGUUUUUUUCUAGAAAAAAAUUGAUAUUAUUGUUCUAUUUCAAUUUUUUAUGGGAAUCAAGUUUUUCACAAAAUUUUCAAUUCUUAUUUUUAUUCUAAUAUGAAUUUCCCAAAAAGCUCUUUCAUUUUCAAACCUCCCAAAAACUUCCAAAAGCAUCCACUUCAAAAAACUCCACUUCACCCAUUUUCUAUCAAAUCUCAAUCUCGAAAUCUUCUUUUUUGCCCAGGAAACAAGAAAUUCGAUAUUCUUUUUUCAGGAAAAAAAAUCUUUUUUUUUUCAAAAAAAAAAAACAAUUUGAAACAUGUGGUGUACAACUGAUUGAUUUUUUCUGUGUUUUUUCUCGCAAACUUUUCCGGUUGUUGAAAAAAUCGUAAAAUAAAAAAGAGGAAAUGAUCCCGGAAAAUGUCUGUUACUCACUCACAUCAAGACAUUUCCUAAUGCAAGCAAUUUAACUGGUUUUGAGUCGAACAAGUUGCUUUUGGAAAAGAAAUCUCAAGGGCAUAUGAUUUUCAGAUAAAGAAAACAGAACAACAAGUAGAAACAUAAAAAAUUUUCAGAUUUCUGGAAUCAUUAUUUUGGGACUUGGAAUUUGGAUAUUUUUGGAUCCAGCAGUUUCUGAUUAUUAUGCUGUUCAUUCUUCACAUCCAGGUAUUUUUGUUUUUGAAUUUUUUUUUAUAUUUUCAUACAUUUUCUCAAAUCAUUAGAGAGGGAUUCUAUGGGGAAAUGCGAUUUCCUUUUUCUUUUGUCGUUAUUAUUGUUUCGAAAAUUCAAUUUGGUGUAGUUUAGGAUAUAGGGUGAAAGGGGGGGGGCAUAAGAGGGGUUAGAGAUAUAUCAAAAAUUUGAAAAAAAAAAGUUCGGAUAUAUCAAAUUGAAUUUUCAAAAAAAAAAUCACAAAACGAGACUAGAACUAAUUUUGUGAAAUUUUAUUUUAUUAUGAGUAUCUUAAGAACAAAAUGAUGUUAGAUCACUCAAUUAAUGAUUUUCAUUCGGUAAACUUUUUUGCUAACACUUUUAAUUUGAAAAGGAGAACUAGAUCUUUAAUUCAAAAAAUGCAUAGAGAAUGAGAUUGAUGUAAUUAGUCUAUUUUUUUACAACCAGAACAUUUUUCUCUUAAACUUGUCAGCUCGAACGAUUUUACGAAAAACAUUUUUAUUUCCAUCUAGAAUCAUUUUUUCAGGAUCAUUCCGAACUGUUGGAUGGCUUUUGAUCGCAGCUGGAGCAAUCAUGACAUUUAUCGGAUGUUUUGGUUGUUGCGGAGCAUACAAAUUCAAUCAAUGUGCUCUUCUCGGUGUAAGAUAUUUUUUGCCAUUCCCACUGAUCUUUAUCAGUAUAGAAAAAGCUCAUGAAAAAAUGAAGAGAGAUUUUUCAAGUGCAUGAUUUGUGAACAGCUGUUCGCUCUCACAUUUUUAUAAUGAGGCAAAUGUUUCGAAUAGUAGUAUAAUCGUAGGUGUCAAAGAAAAAAUGAGGGUAAUUUCAGUUCUUCUUCAUUCUUGUUAUUGUAUUCUUCUUGGAAUUGGCAGCUGCAGUCACCGCUUAUAACAAACAGGAAAAUAUUAGAAGUUAUGUUGAAUCAAGUAUGCAAGAUACGAUUAGAAAUCGAUAUUCAUCAGAUGAAAAUUAUAGACUCGCUUUUGACACUAUUCAAACUGAGGUUUGCAAAUUUUUCAAUAAUUUUUACAAAUAAAACUUUUCCAGUUCCAAUGUUGUGGAGCCCGCGGUUACAACGAUUGGCUCCAAGCCAGUUGGGAGGGUAGAAGUACUAUUGAUUUGGAAGAAAACGAGGAAGAUUUGGGAGCAGGCAGGAUAGAACAUGGAAUUGGAGCAACUGGUGGAUUUUCGAAAAGUGGAUAUGGAAAAGUUCCAGCAUCGUGCUGUAAUGAAGUUGGAUUGGCCACAUAUCCAACUGAUUGUGGAAUUUCUUUCAAUAAAGCACCACUCCAUUCAUAUAAAAACUUUUUGAACACACAGGUUUGUGAUUUAUCUGGAAAAAAUAGGUUCAGAAGAGGGGAGGGGAGGAAAUAUAUUUUGAAAAAUUAUUUUUUUCUAGAACCAGAUGUUUGAGAUUUAAAAAUGAUAUUUUCUGGAAUUCAGGAAACUUUUUAGAGCGGGGUUAUUCAAACAAAAUGAAUAAAUUGAAGAAAAAUUGAAUAUUUUAUUCAAAUGAAAAAAAAUGCAGUUUUCUAUAAUUCAUAUAUAAAAAAAAGUGUAGCCUGUUUCUGUAAAAUUGAAAUAAAAACUAUUCAUGAAUAUUUUUUAAUUAUACCAUUGCUACAAUUUCAGCCGAAAAAAUGUAUGUUUUUCAAUGAAAGUUUCAAGAAAUCCCAGAUUUGAAAUUCUUAAACCUAUAUACCUAUAGAACCCUCUGAACAGUCUCCCAUUGGCAUUUUUUCCAGGGUUGCGCUAAUGCUCUUUUCGAAAAAAUCCACAAUCAUCUUGAUAUCAUCAUCACCGUUUGUGUUGCAAUUGGAGCACUUCAGGUAACUUAAACUUUUCCUAUUUUCAAAAAAAAAACGUUUUUUUUUAGCUUCUUGGAAUGAUCUUCACAAUGGCUCUUUGUUGCUGCGUCAACAAUGAUAACAAAAAAUACAACUCAUAA